AUGAUUACCUGGAACUCGUCCGAAGCCACGGAUUCAACGCAUCGAGAAUCCGGCUUGGGAAGUGCCAGUGGUAUCAGAGUCAAGGACAAGAUCUGGCCCGGUUCCAACACCGGAGCUAGAAGGCUGCAGGAACAGACUAUGACUGACAAAGGGAUCGCAAAACAAGCGAUCCUCAAGGGAGAUCUCCCUCCCUCUCCAUUCCCUCUGGGUGAACUGAGAGGAGAGAUCUGCAAACCAAACCUGGAUGAGCUAAAUGUUCUGUUCGAUUUCCGGCAUUUGGUCGAGUGCCUUGAACGGCUUGCCAGGAAGAACAGUGCUCCAUACUGGUAUGAUUGCAUUGAAAGUCUCGAACCAGAAGACAGGAUCAACGCGUGGAUAGUGUGGAAGGAGCGCUUGCACGUCGCGUUGUAUCGAAGCUUUCUUGCAGGUGCCGCGCAGUAUCGUGCGUACCAGGAGCCCUUAACUCUGGCGAGCACUUGCGGCCUUCCGGGUUUCCUGGAUAAAUUCCGGAAGAAUAUGGAGUGGUGGGAUGAAGAGGACGAUUUAUCACGAUGA